GCAGAUGAAAGUUGUGUUUUAUAUAAUUAUUAAUAUGUGAAUCGUUGUUGUAUGUGGCUGUUCAAAACCGUAGUCACAUCUAAGUCUGCUACAAUGGCUACUCAAGAGCUUAAGAAGUUACGUACAGCGCGAGGCUAUACAAAAGCUUCCAUUACUCGCCUGUAUACAUUUUGUAAUAAUGACAGUGAUGUAGCUAGCAGUGCUUUAUCGGCGCUCGAUGCCAAAAGAGCGAGGGUGACGGAGCUCUUCAAAGAAUAUGACAAAUGUAACAAAGAAAUUCUGUCUUUGGACGAAGAGGAUGCGGAGGAUGUCGAAGACUUUGAGGAUAAAUAUUAUCAUAUACUGACAGUCCUCAACGAGGCAAUUAAUCGUAUAUCCUCGCCCUCGUCUGAAUCUCCUGCCGCCGCAUCAUGUCAAAAUAACUUUAAGGCUAAGUUGCCUACUAUAAAGAUAGAUGUGUUUACGGAUUCGUACACGUCGCGGGCGUACCAGUUGGAGCGAGAUGACACCAAGGACCCAACUAUCACCGAGUUCCUCUUGUACCUGGAGAAGCGAGCCUUGGCACUGGAGAAUGCUGAGCCGUCCACGUCGGGGAAGUCUCAACACAAGGCUGUGGUAAAUGUGACAGCGACCGCCUCGACUGUCUGCAACUAUUGUCCUGCUUCUGGAGCCGGUCCCUGGGCAGCAGCAGGAGUCAGAUGAAGACCCAGCGAGUCCUCAUCCUACAAUUGUAAAUACUAAGCUUGGCUACAUCAUCGGUGGUGCUUUAUCACGACAGCAAACCAGUGACAAAAGUAAGGUAACACUUUUAUGUACUCAAUGUGACUCAAGUCUUAACGAGAGUCUACAAAACUUUUGGAAAGCAGAAAGUGUUCCUGAACCCUUCUGUGAAGGCAUGUCUGAGCAUGAACAGUGUGAACGCUUAUUUCAAGACACAACUGUUUUGAAGGACAACAAGUUUCAGGUUGAUUUGCCAUUAAAAAUCCCUUUGAGUGAAGUCAAUGAUGUGCUUGGAAGUUCAUUUGAUAUGGCUUAUUACAGGUUCAUUAGCCUCGAAAAAAGAUUGCACAAAAAUAUAAAUUUGCUAUCCGAUUAUGAAAAGUUCAUCGAUGAAUAUGUUGACUUGAAGCAUGGGCACUAUAUUGAUUUCAAUCAAUUGGAUUUUGAGAAUGAUCCUCUAUAUUUUGCAUCCCACCAUUGUGUAAUUAAUGACUCAAGCAAAACUACGCGUACUCGUGUGGUUUUUGACUGCUCUUUGCAAUCCAACAAAAAGGUAUCUCUAAAUGAUAUUUUGCUAAAUGGAGGUCCGGUACAAAAGGAGUUGUUUGACAUAAUGCUUUUGUUCCGGCUAGGCGACUAUACUUUCUCCACAGACAUACGGCGCAUGUUUAGAUGUGUUGAUAUUAAUCCGAUGCAUGCCAAAUUGCAAAAUAUAUUGUGGAGGAGCAAUCCUACCGAGCCUCUCAAAUGUAUACAAUUAGAUACUGUUACUUACGGGCAAAAAAGUAGUACAUAUUUAAGCACUCGAUGCUUACUUGAGCUUGCAGAUAGGUAUGGAAGUGAGUACCCACUUGGAGCUUACAUACUAAGAAAUUGCACCUAUGUAGAUGAUAUGUGCUUUUCAAACUCUGAUUUGAAUGUUAUAAUUCAAGCAAAAUUGCAAUUAUGUGAGUUGCUAAGUAAGGGUAGCUUCUAUACACACAAGUGGGCAUCCAAUGAUCAGCGAGUAUUAGAGGGCAUUCCUAAUGAUAAAAGGCAGUUUGAUGACUUAGACUUCCAAAAAGAUAAUUUAUAUUUAAAGACUUUAGGUUUAAAGUUGAAUAUGCAAAAGGAUUGCUUUGUUUUUUCCUGCCCUGAGGCCUUUAAUAAGGAAAAGCCUACCAAAAGAGACAUAUUAAGUUAUAUUUCAAAGUUUUAUGAUCCGCUAGGUUUUAUAGCGCCAAUUAUCAUGAAGGCUAAGGCUUUCAUGCAAAAAAUAUAUGCUGAGAAUAUAGGUUGGAACCAGGUUCCUUCAGCUUUGCUGCUUCAGGAGUGGCGUUCAUUUGCUUUUAAGUUAUCUCAAAUGGAGCCCUUCAUUAUUAAAAGGAACCUGAACAUCCCCUCCAAGGCUCAAUUGCAAUUAAUUGGGUUUGCUGACGCAUGUAGCACUACGGGUUAUGGUUGCUGUGUGUAUCUUCGGGUGGUCGACGAACAAGGUAAUGCUACGCUAUCAUUACUUUGUGCUAAGUCUCGCAUCAACCCCCGCAAUAAGGGUACUCUAAGCAUAGCCCGCUUAGAAUUGUGUGCUAUGUUGCUGUUAUCGAAAUUAAUCACUCGAGUUUAUGAUACGCUAAAGGCGCAAUUAAAUAUACAAGAUGUAUAUCUGUUUUCUGACUCGCAAAUCGCGUUAGCAUGGGCAAAAACAGAGCCUUUAAGGCUCCAAGCUUUUGUUGCAAAUCGGGUGAGGUUGAUUCGAGAUCUUACAGAUAGAUGGCGCUGGCUGUACGUCUCCAGUGAAGAAAAUCCUAGCGACUGCCUGAGCAGAGGUACAGAUCCAGAUGAGCUGCGUCGCAUACCUAUGUGGCUGCAUGGACCAAGCUUUCUACAGGACGGUAAAUAUAAUUUUGAUGAUAAAACUAGCCCUCCUGCGAUCGAUGACCUACCUGAAUUGAAAAAGCAGCCCUCCAGUGCUAAGGUGACGCUAGUUACUCAAAAGUGUUCAGAUCCUUAUGAUUUUUUGGAGAAGUUCUCUGA